GAAAAAUCCAAUAUUAGGAAUAAACCAUAAUGCAAGCACUUACUACUAUAUUCACAGCGCCAUCGUGGUGCUUGACUAGGUUCGCGGUAUAUAUCGACAAUAAUCCCUUUCAUUCGAGUACCCUAUCUCCCACAAGGGGAUGGGUCGAUCCGUCCUUCUCGAAAUGUGUGCCAAGCCAGUAUACCGACCAACUACAAACCCUUAGCCCCGGUGUGUGUCCAAAUUAUAUGAGCAUCGCAAGAUCCGACUACAACGUGAAUGAUGGAAGAACUCUCUGGACUGGAGGAUGUUGUCAAAGCGGGUUCUCCGACAUGUCCGGGUAUUUUUGUACCUCUACCGUUACUACGCCCAUGGCCUUUCUUCUCUUGCCGAACAUUACUACGACGGACAUCUAUACCACACUUUCUGAUAUGUGGAUAGAGCACGGCCAGAUAACCGUUGAGUGGCAAGAGACCGAUCUAAAGGAUUUCCCAACGGAGAUCAUGACAAAUUAUGAGUCAAUCAUGGGAAUCACGCUCGCUACUACAGAUAAGAGUUCUACCUCGACAGUUACAACUCAUUCCGUCAGUGGAAGGACUUCGAGCACUGUAGCAACGUCAACAUCAGCUACCACCGCCUCUACACUUACUGUUAUUCCAAUGGAUACAUUGGAACCAACGAGUGGGCCAAUUGAGACGCUUGCUAUAACCUCAACACAUACGCAGUCGUCGUCUGUACCUUCAAGCGGUGGUUUUGGGCAUCCAUGGCGGAUUUUAAGCUCAUUUAUCGUGUGCUUGGUAUGUUUCUGGACGAUUUAACGGCUGAAGAAUGAAUGCGAGAGGGUGACGGUUAUAAAAUUGAUAAACAUAAAUGUUGGCUUCGUCAUAGUAAUUGUAGAGGGUUGGGGAAGAUAUGCCUCCUUAAAAAGGCAAUAGCAGACAAUCUAGUUAUUUCCCAUUAAUUCAGAUUGCCUCAAUUUAUACGAUCAAUUCAGUAGCA